UUGAUUGGUUCUCCCAAGUAAUAAAUGUUUCAUUUACUUUAAUGAUCGACUUUAAAUGCUCGUUUUACUGAAAGAAGGAUUACAUUGUGAAGGAGCAGUCGCCAAGCAAGAGAGUAUCGAUCAAAAUAAGCUAACGGGAAUAUAGUGUUGAACGACGAUGAAACUCCGCUUGUGUACGCUGGCACUAUUGUUACUCCUACCUCGUCUUGUUGAUUGCGUUAUCUUUAGUUGGCUAUGGCAUGUCAAUCCUCUUGAAGAAAAUUCCUUAUCGAAACACAACUCGACGCUUAGAAAUACUACAACUAAGAUGUGUACAAGAGAUCGUGAUUGUGGAAAGGCGAACUAUUGCCACCGACAUUAUGGUACAUGUCAUAAGUGCAAGAAGAAUAAAUUGAAGUGUCGCCGCGAUCACGUUUGCUGCAAAGGCUUUGAGUGCGUGUUUGGAAGUUGUCGGAAAACUGUUAAACCUGGAAACUUUCUAGCUCGGUGUAGAAAAGACAAGGACUGCAACCCGGGACUGUGCUGCGCCAAGAGUCACGGAGAGUUUGUGUGUAAGAGAAUGCGACAAGAAAACCAAUUUUGCAGAGUGCUAGAAGGUGGAGUUGCUUACGCUGUAAAUCAUGGUUGUCCUUGCGAUAAAGGUUUGGUGUGCAAAAAAACCAAAUUACAGAAGAAAAGGAUGAGGGGAACGACAUCCAAAGGUUUUAAGAGAAAGUUACGACGCUGUCAGAAAAUUGUCACCUGACAUGUCCUCGAAAUCGAUAGAAUUCGUCGUGAAUGAUUAGCUUUGAAAUUCGGCUGUUUAUUAUCAACGUAUUAUAUUGCCAAGGCAAACUAUAUGGACACCAUGCAGAUCUCUGCUAGGGGGAUUCUUGUUAUACGCCAACAAAUAUAGCUAUUUAUACCAAUGUAUAUAUUUGCAAUAAAUUUCACUAGUGUUUGGAAAAUGAUUUGUAGGCAACUAUGAAAUAGUUGUAUAUAGAAUAAAAGAGAACGAUUUUGCCACAUGUAAAAUUUCAUAAAAUAGUGAUUGUAUCUAAGAUAUCAACAAAGAUGGCUGCAAAAAGUUAUGUGUGUAUGAAAAUGGAAAAGGCAAUCUGUUCCAAGUCAUGAAGAUUCUAUGGUAAUAUAAGUAGCUACAUUCGCGGAGAAGAAACAAAAUUGAAACAUCAUAAAAUAUGGAACAUUAAUUAUGAAAAUAGUAGACAUCGACAAUGAUUUCAAAUCUACUACAUCAGUGCAUUCCCUUAUCUAAAUUUUUCUAUAUUAUAUAUGUUACUUCUGUAUGUACGUGUGAAGUCUACAUUUAUUGCAAUUUUUGCCCAAUUUUGUAUGUAGAAUAAAUGUUCUAUUUCUGGCUAUAUUUUUUAUGUUAAACAUAUAUGUCAUUU